UCCUCUCGCUCCGUGCUCGAGACUGUGACUUCUCGUUUCAUUAUGAGUUGAGGUUUUUGACAGACACGUAGACGUAAUGCUAUGCAGUUGCGCAUAGUUGUGCAGUGAUAGCUCUAUGUGUUAUGUCGAGAGAUUACGAGAGGUCUGCGAGACGAUGAUCUGAUCACUAUAGUAUUCAAGAUAAAAGUGAAGUUACCGUUUGUCACGAUAAAGGUGGACGUUGCUCGCGACCGAUCUCGCUGUUCUGUCCGUGAAUCAGGUCUCCUGUAGUAAUUCCGACGACAUGUCCGAUUAUUUUACGGAGAUGGGCUGGACGCCACUGAGUGACGGAGAGGCGCCGAACCCUCUGAUUCAAAUGGCACGGUUCCUGCGGGAUUUUGGCAUGUGGGACCUGGUCGGGCAGGACACAGAACUUCCGCCACCAGCGUCGAAGGACGCGGUGGCCAAUUUACCGGAAAUUAAGAUUGAAUCCGGUGAGUCGAAGCAGUGUCCAGUUUGCCUCAAGGAAUUCGAGACGGACAGCAAAGCAAAAUCGAUGCCCUGUCGUCAUGUGUUUCAUCAAGAAUGUAUCGUACCGUGGUUAGAAAAAACUAACUCGUGUCCGCUCUGCCGAUACGAAUUGCCAACGGACGAUGAAGACUACGAAAUGUACAGAAAAGAAAAGAAGCGAGCGGUAGAAAGAGAGAAAGACUUGGAAUCAUUGCAUAAUUCUAUGUUUACGUAAAUGUGCAGAUAUUCCACAAUAGAUUUGUUUUUAUUUCACAUCCUAAUUUAAAUUAAGGAUUAUCGUUAUAAUUGAAUAUGUUCAUAUCAUUCGUGUGUUAGAUUCUUGAAUUACCGGUAGUCGCAAAGGUAGUCGGCGAUUAUGUAAUCAACGCACGCGUAUAUUGAUAAGAUUUGUACUUAGCGUUUAUCAAAGAAAAUGUCUUGUAACCAAAAAGAUAUAGAAAAGAAACACAAAUAUAUAAAACAUAUAUUUUGUACACAUUUUCUCGAAUACGAAUGUUACGGUGAGGGUUUCAACAAUCUCUCGUUUGUGCUGCGAAAGAUGAUUGAAUAAAGAGACAUGGAUUAUUAAUAGGAAAUAAUGUUUAUUAUACAGUGUACAUAUUUAUUAACUUCAUUUAUUUUUAUUUCUGUUAUAAAUUUUAUAUUAAUAAUUGUAUUAUGUUUUUUUUUGCCGAGCGACGAAUGCCUUGAUCAGUGUGCGCUUAGACUAUAACAAUCUCCGUAAAAAGUAUAGAAACUUCUGAUUUU